GAAUAAUUCAAUUGUGUGAUCAGCGCUGAGUCAGUAACGUAUUAAUAGCUUAGAAUCUCGAAUAAACAAUUCAUUGACCGUAGAUUUAUUUCCCAUGUAAAAUAUUUCUUCAUUUUUGGCCUAAGCACCCUCCCAAUGGAGUCGGUCCAAUCAUUCAUCAGUCCUUUCCUCUGACAUCCAGCUUUGACGUUUAGGGGCGCCUUUCACGCGCUCCUUUGACCAAUUCUGCCUCCCUCUAGCCGCCGGAAAUUAAGUGUUCCCUUAUUAAGCCCAGCUCCUGUUCACAGGCCCAGCCGAGGUCAUGGUUUUACCUAGCAGUAGAGUUGUUUGUCGCGAACACCUCCGUUUGCCGCCGAUCCCCCGCUCCGUGCGGCCCAACUCUCUCUCCUACUACUACCCCUCCAUCAUCCCUCGAACCCACACUCACCGCUACACGACAUCGGCGGCGCGGUGCUUCUCUUCACGCAGUCUCAGGUCUAUUAUUAGUAGUGGCCCUCGAGCUAUCAGUCUGCCUAUUUGUACUACCUUCCCUCGUUUUCCGCGAGCGCACUCCUCCCCACGUUUUCCAGCACGAACACGCUCUUUUUCGUCCACGAAAUCCAAUAUGGCCGCUGUCAGGAUUGAUGGCAAUACAAUUGCCAAAAACAUUAGGGAGCGUCUAAAUGCCGAGAUUCAGAAGGCGCAGGAAACUAAUCCUAGGUUCAAGCCUAGCUUGGUUAUUUUCCAAAUUGGUGACAGAUCAGACUCUAGUACUUAUGUUCGCAUGAAGCUAAAGGCUGCUGAAGAGGCAAAUAUAAGCUGCAAACUCAGCAAAUUCUCUGAGGAUAUCAGCGAACCUGAAUUGCUUCAAGAAAUCGCACUUGCAAAUAACGACCCGAGCGUACACGGCAUUCUCGUCCAAUUACCCCUCCCAAGCCACCUUUCGGAGCAUACCAUUACAUCUGCUGUCGCUUCGGAGAAAGAUGUGGACGGCUUCGGAGCUGUCAAUAUUGGGGAAUUGGCCAAGAGAGGUGGCAAGCCUCUUUUUGUUCCAUGCACUCCCCAAGGUGUUAUGGAGCUCCUUCGUGUCUCCGGGAUUGAGCUGGCUGGUAAGAAUGCAGUGGUCUUGGGCAGAAGUGACAUUGUAGGAAGCCCCGUCAGCUACUUACUGAAAAACGCGGAUGCCACCGUAACUGUCUGCCACUCUAAGACCAAGAAUUUGGAAGCCAUUGUUAAGGAAGCGGAUAUCUUGGUUGCUGCCAUUGGGAAGCCCGAGUUUGUCAAGGGUUCUUGGCUCAAACCUGGCGCGGUGGUCAUCGAUGUCGGCACAAACUACGUUCCUGACGCAACGAAGAAAUCCGGCCAACGGUUGGUUGGCGAUGUUGAGUUUUCUGCUGCUGUUGAAGUCGCCUCGCACAUCACCCCGGUCCCUGGAGGGGUUGGUCCAAUGACUGUAGCCAUGCUUCUUCAGAAUGUGGUUAAUUCUGCCAGGGCCUACUUCGAGAGGGAAAAGGAUAGACACAUCACGCCUCUGCCUAUCAAGCUUCAAACCCCAGUUCCCUCAGAUAUCGCCAUCUCUCGGACCCAGCGACCCAAGCCUAUUACCCAGGUUGCCGCGGAGAUCGGCAUCGCACCGCACGAAUUGGAGCCAUACGGACAUACCAAGGCCAAGGUUACCCUUGACCUCUUGGACCGUCUGUCCCACCGCCGUGAUGGACGAUAUAUUUUGGUGUGCGGGAUAACACCAACCCCCUUGGGAGAGGGCAAAUCAACCACGACUAUGGGUCUUACACAAGCUCUUGGUGCCCACCUCAACAGAAUCGCCUUUGCCAACGUCCGACAGCCUAGCCAAGGGCCCACCUUUGGAAUCAAGGGCGGUGCCGCUGGAGGAGGAUACAGCCAAGUCAUCCCCAUGGAUGAAUUCAACCUUCAUUUGACCGGUGACAUUCAUGCCAUUACCGCUGCAAACAACUUGCUGGCAGCUGCUAUUGAAACAAGAAUGUUCCACGAAUCCACACAAAGCGAUGGUGCGCUGUAUAAACGGCUGGUGCCAGUCAAGAAGGGAAAACGAGAGUUCCAGCCCAUCUUCCUCCGACGGUUGAAGAAAUUGGGAAUUACAAAAACAAACCCAGAUGACCUCACACCAGAGGAAAUCAACCGUUUCGCAAGAUUGGAUAUUGACCCGGAGACUAUUACCUGGCGGAGAGUCCUGGACGUGAACGACAGGCAUCUGCGAACCAUCACGGUUGGGCAAGCUGCAACCGAGAAGGGCCAUACCAGACAGACCGGCUUCGAUAUCUCCGUUGCCAGCGAAUGUAUGGCUAUCCUAGCCCUCAGCAACGACCUUGGCGAUAUGCGGGAACGCCUAGGCAGAAUGGUGGUUGCUACCUCCAAGAACGGAGACCCAGUCACUUGUGACGACAUUGGCUGCGGCGGCGCACUGGCGGCUCUGAUGAGAGACGCAAUUAAGCCAAAUCUCAUGCAAAGUCUUGAAGGGACGCCGGUGUUUGUCCACGCCGGACCCUUUGCCAAUAUCAGCAUUGGCGCCAAUUCCGUCGUGGCCGAUAAACUCGCCCUGAAACUGGCAGGCACCGAGCCAGGCGAGGACCAUGAAGCCAAGACUGGCUUCGUCGUCACGGAAGCCGGCUUCGACUUCACCAUGGGCGGCGAGCGGUUCUUCAACAUCAAGUGCCGCUCCUCCGGCCUCGUCCCGGACACCGUUGUCAUCGUCGCUACCGUUCGAGCCAUCAAGGCUCACGGAGGAGGACCCCCAAUCGCCCCCGGCGCCACCUUGGCACCAGAAUACACGACCGAGAACGUCGAACUGCUCCGAAACGGCUGCGUCAAUCUGAAGAAACAAAUCGCAAACGCGAAGAGCUACGGCAUCCCCGUCGUGGUCGCCAUCAACAAAUUCGAAACCGACACCGACGCCGAAAUCGCCGUGAUCCGCGAAGAGGCCAUCACCGCGGGCGCAGAGGAUGCUAUCCCUGCCAACCACUGGGCGGAGGGCGGCGCCGGUGCCGUCGAUCUAGCCAAGGGCGUCAUCAUGGCCAGCUCGAAGCCCAAGGACUUCAAGAUGCUGUAUGACCUCCAUGGCACGGUGCAGGAACGCAUCGAGCGCAUCGGCAAGGAGAUGUACGGUGCUGCUGCGGUGGAGUUUAGCGAACUCGCGCAGAAGAAGGUGGAUACGUAUACCAAGCAGGGAUUCGGAAACCUGCCCAUCUGCAUUGCGAAGACGCAGUACUCGCUCAGCCAUGAUCCGAACCUCAAGGGUGCGCCGACUGGCUUCACUGUUCCGAUUAGAGAUGUCAGGCUAGCUGUUGGUGCGGGAUAUCUAUACGCCCUCGCAGCCGAUAUCCAAACCAUCCCCGGCCUCCCCACCGCGCCAGGCUAUCUCAAUGUCGACGUCGAUGCUGAGACUGGAGAAAUUGACGGUCUCUUCUAAACCCACCUACCCACCUAUCCUUUUUUUUUUUCCCUCUCACCCUAGACCAAGAACUUUGUCUAAAGAACUAAACAUAAACUUUCAACACCGGACGACAUAACUAUUCCACACAUAAUCAUUCAACAAAGUCAAAAAGAUAUCAAAAAGAAAAAGAAUUCCAGAGAGGAAUUUCUGACACCGCUAGACGGGGCCGUCCCUGCAAUAAAAGAUAAGAGCCUUGGAGAUAAUGCCUAAUGCCUCUCCUUCUGUCUGCUAUUUUUUGUCUUCUACUUUCUUCAUUUUUUUCCCCUUCCUGUUAGUUGUCUCCUUUCUCCGUUAUAAUUCAUCAUUGGGCAGUAUUUCGGCAUAUAGCUUGCUUUUCGUUUUCUUUUUUUUUUAAAAAAAAAAUUAGUAUUUUGUGUCUAUAACGACUACAUCAUUUAGCAUUGUACUCCGUAUUGUGAGCACACCUGGGCAGAUUAAAAAAUCUCCAACCAUUUUCAUUCCUUCUCAUAUACAACUUUACCAUCUCCAAUGUCCGUUUCCACCCUAGAUAUAUAUAUUGGGUAGGGCACUGGGACCAAACAGUCUGUACUGGUAGUUAAGAGGCCGAAGCAUUUCAUAUAUAUAUAUAUAUAUGUCAACACUAUCUAUCUCUUGAACCUGUGCUACUCUUUAGUGAUUUUUCUAUGAUUCAAUUUUGAGGAAGGGAAAAAAUCAAUAAUUAGAGAGAGAUGCUCACUCUGAGGUCUUCUCUCUCUCUUCAACUGAGGGUGAUCUCCACACAAUGAGAGAGAUCUUUAAGAAAUGAUUUUUUGUUGAUUUGAUUCAGUUCAAAUCGGUGGAGUAACAUAUGUUGGCACACACACUCGUAGCUUAGCAGCAGCAGAGCUUCUAACCACAUAAGUUAGAAGAACCUUGUAAUCUA